AUGAUUGUGAAUUCACUAAAGGGUUGGGCGUCUAGCCUUCUUUGUGCGACACUUCUGAGGGAAUGUCACGCUCUUUGGCCUGACGCUAGCCAUCUGGGCAGUGAUGCAACUGUCGGCUGGGAGCUGGGGAAGAGGCUGUCGAAAGGCGCGAGCAUUUACUUCCCCGGGAAUGAAUUGUUCACCAAUGCAACUGCACGGUGGUCCCAGUGGGGCAAGCCGAAUAUUAGUGUUGUUGUUGAGGUUGCGAACCAGUGGGAUGUUGCUGAGACUGUGAAAUAUGCGAACGAACACCAUGUUCCUUUCAUUGCCAUCAACGGCGGCCAUGGCAACAUUGAAACCUUGGAAAAUGUUCACCACGGCAUUGAGAUUUGGUUACACAAGCUCAACUCCGUUGCCAUUUCGGAUGUAGGCGAUAGCGCUACCUUCGGUGGUGGUAUCCUUUCUCAUGAGGUCAUUGAGGCCUUAUGGGCGGCCGGUAAACAGACCGUUACUGGUGUGUGUGACUGCACGGGUUUCCUCGGACCCGCUCUCGGCGGAGGCCACGGCUACCUGCAAGGGCGUCACGGCCUUAUCUCCGAUAACUUUGUCUCUCUGGAAGUUGUGACUGCUGAUGGAGAACUCCGCAUUGUAACGCCUUACGGGCCUGAGUCCGAGCUGUUUUGGGCCCUACAGGGCGCCGGCCACAACUUUGGUAUUGUGACCUCCGUCACCUCGAAGAUCUACGACAUUCCGGGUGAUGGAAUCUGGUCCUUCAAGCGCUACACCUACACUCAGGACAAAUUGGAAGCUCUCUUCGAGUACCUCAAUGUCCUCGGAGAUGAUGGUAACCAGCGCGUUGAUGUGGUAUACUGGGCUACCAUCUCCCGCGAGCCUACCGUGGACCCUGUCAACCCUAUCAUCGACAUCUUCGUCCUGCAGGAGGGCGUCGCAGCCAUGACUGAAGAUGUUGCAGGACCAUUUGACAUCCUUGGUCCCGUUAAGGUUGAUACCCAUUCCGGGCCAUACGUGGACAUCUCCAAGUGGACUGAGUUCAACAUUGGAUCUCGGGCCUGCGGCAAGGGCGCCGGCUACAUCGCGCGCUUCCCCAUCAACCUGAAGAGCUACAACCUGGAGGCCCAACGUGCCGCAUUUGAGGUUUAUGCCGAGGAAACCCUUGCGCACCCGGCCCUCGAACACUCCUCCAUCAUGCUCGAGGGAUACUCUUCGCAAGCUGUCAAGGCGGUUGACGAAGCCUCCACUGCAUACCCACACCGUGAUGACACUCUUCUCAUUUCACCCGUUAUUAUCUUCGAGAAUGCGGCGGACAGGGGUAUGGCAGAGGCUUUCGGUAACCGGAUCCGCGAUAUCUUCUACGAGGGAAGCGGCGAGGAGGAGAAGCACGUGUACGUGAACUACGCUGCUGGUGAUGAGCCCCUGGAGACCAUGUACGGUUAUGAGCCGUGGAGACAAAGCAAACUGUCUGAGCUGAAGAGGAAGUAUGAUCCCAACGACAGAUUCGGAUACUAUGCCCCUAUUCCCGUGGCAGGAAAGUAA